GAACUUACUCGUAAGAAUAUUAAGUUAUGUUAAAAAGUAUUAUUCUACAUUAAUUGACAUAUACAAAAGUCAGGCCCUUUAUUAUCAUAUCUGAUACCUUUUAUAAUGGAAAAAAAAAAAAGAGCAUAUAUUUGUAUUAUGAAAAUCCUUUAUCAAAAUGUCCUACUGAAACUAAUACUGGUGAUAGUUGGAGACGUAAGAAAAAAAAAUGUUUUGUCUAUGUUAUUCUACUGUAAUCUGAUACAGUUUUACGUUACUCUAGUAUACUGAAAAGCUUCUAAACUCCAAAGAAGUUAUAUUAAAAAAAAA